GCCCUCCGGACAUGGGCCGCCCGCCGCUGCUGCUGCUGCUGCCGCCGCUGCUGCUGCUGGCUCAGACCCGCAUCCCAGCCUCCUGGGCCCUGCAGUGCAUGCGGUGCGAGAGGAGCAGUUAUUGCCAGGUGGAGGAGUGUGCCCCGGGCCAGGACCUCUGCAGGACCACGGUCAUGCGCAUAUGCGAAGGUGGGCUCCAGCACGACUGGAAACAAGAGGAAGAGCUGGAGGUGGUGGAGAGAGGCUGCGCCUACCCAGAGAAGACCAACAGGACCAUGAGCUAUCGGACUGGUUUGCAGAUCAUCACCCUCACAGAGACCAUGUGUGGGGGAGACUUCUGCAACCGGCCCCACCCUGGCCGCCGUGCUCCAGGCCGCCAUGCUCCCUCCUUUCCCCGAAGCCGUUACCUUGAAUGUGUUUCCUGCGCCUCAUCAGACAUGAGCUGUGAGAGGGGCCGGGAACAGAGCCUCCAGUGCGGUAGCCCUACAGAACAGUGCCUGGAGGUGGUGACCUACCGGAGCCUGGAAGGGGAUCUAAAUGAUGAGCAACACACCCGCGGCUGUGGCUACCUUCCUGGCUGCCCAGGCCCCACCGGCUUCCAUAACAACCACACCUUCCACUUUCUGCAGUGCUGCAACACCACCAAAUGCAACGGGGGUCCAGUCGUGGAGCUUCAAGACCUGCCACUGAACGGCUUCCAGUGUCACAGCUGUGAGGGGAACAGCACCCACGGGUGUUCCUCGGAAGAGACUUCCCUCAUCGACUGCCGAGGCCCCAUGAAUCAAUGUCUGGAAGCCACUGGCACUAAUGGGCCGGGAACCCCAAGCUACACAGUAAGAGGCUGUGCGACCGAUUCAUGGUGCCAACGCGUCCACGUGGCCGAUGCCUUCAGCCUGACCCAUAUCAAUGUCACGUGCUGUAAUGGAAGUGGCUGUAACCACCCAGCCUGGGAUGUCCAGCACCGCAGAGGGGGCACCCCUCGGCCUGGCCCUGCCCGCCUCAGCCUCACUGUCACCCUGCUUCUGACCGCCAGACUGUGGGGAGGCACUCUCCUCUGGACCUGAACCCAACCCCCCCAUCCCUAGCCCGGCUGGAUCCGGGGGACUCCUUUGCCCUUCCCUCAGCUCUCAGCCCUGCAAACUUGCUGUGUGACCUCAAGCCAGUGUGUCAACCUCUCUGGGCCUGUUUUCCCAGCUGUCAAACACCUAUCUCAUCGAGUUGUUGUGAGAACCAGAGAAGAAAAGCUGGAGAAAAGCUGUGGGCCAGCAGGAGAACUGUUGUUAUGAAUAAUG